UCCGAGGAGGAACCCGGUGCCCCCGGCUGAUCGUUUCCAAUUACGUUACCCCAAGAUGGAGGUCUGCAGAUGGCACUGCUAGCGUCAAAGACUCCCCGCAACCGUCCGUGUGGCUUUAAUGACGCUUUUGUCAGGACAGGAGUGAUUGUGUGCCAUCGUUUUGUCGAUUUUUCGGGGAGCUCUACUUGGGAGAUACUGAGCUCCAGGUUCGAGUUGUGGCAGCCAUGAGCUCCGGGGAAGGAGCGGAGGAGACUACGAAGGACGCCAGCGAAAUAGAGGCGUUCUUCAAGACCGAUGGAUCCCUCCCUAAAGAGCCAAAAGGAGAUGUAUCGAGCCAGAUAGCAGGUUUUAGGAGAAAUGAGGAGAUGAGAGCAAUGGAGGUGCUUCCCAUCCUCAAAGAGAAAGUUGCCUUUCUGUCAGGCGGCAGAGACAGACGUGGCGGUCCCGUGUUAACGUUUCCAUCACGCAGCAACCACGACAGAAUACGAACAGACGACCUGAGGAGACUGAUCGCCUACCUCGCUGGCAUCCCCAGCGAGGAGGUGUGUAAACAUGGCUUCACGGUCAUUGUUGAUAUGCGCGGCUCCAAGUGGGACAGCAUCAAGCCUCUGCUGAAGAUCCUGCAGGAGUCCUUCCCGUCUUGCAUCCACGUCGCACUCAUCAUCAAACCAGACAACUUCUGGCAGAAGCAGAGGACCAACUUCGGCAGCUCCAAGUUUGAAUUUGAGACCACCAUGGUGUCACUUGAGGGCUUGACCAAAGUCGUCGACCCCUCUCAGCUGACGGCAGACUUUGACGGCAGUCUGGACUACAACCACGAAGAGUGGAUAGAGGUGCGUGUGGCAUUUGAGGAGUUCUCUGGCCAUGCCACCCAGAUGCUGACUCGAUUAGAGGAGAUGCAGGAAACUGUAUCAAGGAAAGACUUUCCCCAAGACCUGGAAGGAGCCAGACGGAUGAUAGAAGAACAUGCAACGCUCAAGAAGAAAAUCAUAAAAGCUCCUAUAGAGGAGCUGGACACUGAAGGGCAGAGGUUGCUCCAGCGCAUUCAGAGCAGCGAGUCUUUCUCCAACCGCAAUAGCAGCAGCGGCAGCGGCGGCAGCAGCAGUAGCAGCAGCGGCAUGUGCAACGUGGACACCCAAGGCCUGGUGCCCCGCAUCACCCAGCUGCUGGACAAGCUACACUCCACCCGGCAGCUUCUCCAUCAGGCGUGGCACGUCCGCAAGCUCCAGCUGGAUCAGUGCUUCCAGCUCCGCCUGUUCGAACAGGAUGCAGAGAAGAUGUUUGACUGGAUCAUGCACAACAAGGGUUUGUUCCUGGCAGGCUACACAGAGAUUGGCAACAACCACCCCCAUGCCCUAGAGCUGCAAACCCAGCACAGCCACUUCGCUAUGAACUGCAUGAAUGUGUACGUCAACAUCAACCGGAUCAUGUCUGUGGGCAACCGGCUGCUGGAGUCGGGUCACUAUGCCUCCCAGCAGAUUAAGCAGAUCUCAGGUCAGUUGGAGCAGGAGUGGAAGGCGUUUGCCGCCGCGUUGGAUGAACGGAGCACGCUGUUGGAGAUGUCGGCCGGCUUCCAUCAGAAAUGUGACCAGUACAUGAGUAAUGUGGACACCUGGUGUAAGGCAUGUGGCGAGGUGGAUUUGCCUUCUGAGCUACAGGACCUUGAAGAUGCCAUUCACCAUCACCAAGGCCUGUACGAGCACAUCACUGCUGCUUACUCUGAGGUGAGUCAAGAUGGCAAAGCUCUGUUGGACAAGCUGCAGCGACCUUUGACCCCAGGCAGUGCUGAUUCACUGACGGCAACGGCAAACUACUCAAAGGCGGUGCACCACGUCCUGGACAUCAUCCACGAGGUGCUGCAUCACCAGAGGCAGCUGGAAAACAUCUGGCAGCACCGUAAAGUGCGGCUGCACCAACGUCUGCAGCUCUGUGUAUUUCAGCAGGACGUCCAGCAGGUUUUGGACUGGAUAGAAAACCAUGGCGAAGCCUUCCUCAGCAAACACACGGGGGUGGGAAAGUCUCUCCACAGAGCCCGAGCACUGCAGAAACGCCACGAAGACUUCGAGGAAGUGGCACAGAAUACGUACACCAAUGCAGACAAGCUGCUGGAGGCAGCCGAGCAGCUGGCCCAGACAGGAGAGUGUGACCCAGAGGAGAUCUACCAGGCCGCCCACCAGCUCGAAGACAGGAUCCAAGACUUCGUUCGCCGCGUGGAGCAGCGCAAAGUCCUGCUGGACAUGUCUGUCGCCUUCCACACGCACGUCAAAGAGUUGUGGACGUGGCUGGAGGAGCUCCAGAAGGAGCUGCUGGACGACGUUUACGCCGAGUCUGUGGAGGCCGUCCAAGAUCUGAUCAAGCGCUUCGGCCAGCAGCAGCAGACCACGCUGCAGGUCACUGUCAACGUCAUCAAGGAGGGAGAGGACCUCAUCCAGCAGCUCAGGGACUCAGCCAUCUCCAGCAACAAGACGCCCCACAACAGCUCCAUCAACCACAUCGAGAGCGUCCUCCAGCAGCUGGAUGAAGCUCAGGCACAGAUGGAGGAGCUCUUCCAGGAGAGGAAGAUCAAACUGGAGCUCUUCCUGCAGCUCCGCAUCUUUGAGAGGGACGCCAUUGACAUCAUCUCUGACCUGGAGUCAUGGAACGAGGAGCUGACAGGUCAGAUGAAUGAUUUUGACACGGAGGACCUGACGCUGGCUGAGCAGAGACUGCAGCACCACGCUGACAAGGCCUUGACCAUGAACAACCUCACCUUCGAUGUGAUCCACCAGGGGCAGGAGCUGCUGCAGUAUGUCAACGAAGUCCAGGCCUCCGGUGUGGAGCUGCUGUGUGAUCGGGAUGUCGACAUGGCCACGCGGGUUCAGGACUUGCUUGAGUUCCUUCAUGAAAAGCAGCAAGAACUCGAUUUAGCGGCUGAGCAGCACCGCAGGCACCUGGAGCAGUGUGUCCAGCUGAGACACCUGCAGGCUGAAGUCAAGCAGGUUCUGGGGUGGAUUCGUAAUGGCGAGUCAAUGCUGAACGCUGGUCUAAUAACGGCCAGCUCCCUGCAGGAAGCUGAGCAAUUGCAGAGGGAACAUGAACAGUUUCAGCAUGCUAUUGAGAAAACGCACCAGAGUGCCCUGCAGGUUCAGCAGAAGGCAGAGGCUCUGCUCCAGGCCAACCACUAUGACAUGGACCUGAUCAGAGACUGUGCAGAGAACGUGGCUUCACACUGGCAGCAGCUCAUGCUAAAGAUGGAGGACCGACUCAAGCUCGUCAAUGCUUCCGUUGCCUUCUACAAGACCUCCGAACAGGUGUGCAGUGUGUUGGAGAGCUUGGAGCAAGAGUAUAAGAGAGAGGAGGACUGGUGUGGAGGAGCUGAUAAACUGGGACCCAACUGUGAAACAGACCACGUCACCCCCAUGAUCAGCAAGCACCUAGAGCAGAAGGAGGCCUUCCUAAAAGCAUGCACCCUGGCAAGAAGAAAUGCAGAUGUCUUCCUCAAGUACAUGCACAGGAACAGUGUUAACAUGCCUGGGAUGCUGAGCCACGUCAAAGCACCAGAACAGCAGGUCAAAAACAUCCUGAAUGAGUUACUGCAAAGAGAGAACCGCGUUCUCCACUUCUGGACCAUGAAGAAACGCAGGCUGGAUCAGUGUCAGCAGUAUGUGGUGUUUGAACGUAGCGCCAAACAGGCUCUGGAGUGGAUUCACGACACCGGGGAGUUUUACCUGUCCACACACACAUCCACCGGCUCAAGUAUCCAUCACACACAGGAGCUGCUGAAGGAACAUGAGGAAUUUCACAUCACAGCCAAGCAAACCAAGGAGCGUGUGAAGCUGCUGAUCCAGCUGGCUGACGGUUUCUGCGAGAAAGGCCACAGUCACGCAGGGGAGAUCAAAAAAUGGGUGACGGCCGUGGACAAGCGCUAUCGAGACUUUUCACUGCGCAUGGACAAGUACCGCUGCAGUCUGGAGAAAGCCCUGGGCAUCUCCUCAGACUCCAACAAGGCAAGCAAGGAUCUGCAGCUGGACAUCAUCCCAGCCACAGCUCCGGGGUCAGAAGUCAAGCUGAGGGAUGCUGCUGCCCAUGAGUUAAAUGAGGAGAAACGUAAAUCAGCACGCAGAAAGGAGUUCAUCAUGGCAGAGCUGAUUCAGACAGAAAAAGCCUACGUGCGAGACCUGCGGGAGUGCAUGGAUACCUACCUGUGGGAGAUGACCAGUGGGGUUGAGGAGAUUCCUCCAGGAAUCAUUAACAAGGAGCACAUCAUCUUUGGAAACAUGCAAGACCUUUAUGAAUUUCACCAUAACAUCUUCCUCAAAGAGUUGGAGAAAUAUGAGCAGCUGCCAGAGGAUGUUGGGCAUUGCUUUGUCACAUGGGCUGAUAAGUUCCAGAUGUAUGUGAACUACUGUAAGAACAAACCUGACUCCACCCAGCUCAUACUGGAGCAUGCUGGCAACUACUUUGAUGAAAUUCAACAGCGGCACCGACUGGCCAACUCCAUCUCAUCCUAUCUGAUCAAACCGGUGCAGAGAAUCACCAAGUAUCAGCUCCUGCUGAAGGAGCUGCUGACGUGCUGUGAAGAAGGUAAAGGAGAGAUCAAGGAUGGCCUGGAGGUGAUGCUCAGCGUACCCAAGAAAGCCAACGAUGCCAUGCACCUCUCAAUGCUGGAAGGUUUUGAUGAAAACAUUGAGUCACAGGGCGAGCUCAUUCUCCAGGAUUCCUUCCAGGUCUGGGAUCCAAAGACUCUGAUUCGAAAGGGACGAGAGCGCCACCUCUUCCUCUUUGAGAUGUCUCUUGUUUUCAGCAAGGAGGUCAAAGACUCAAAUGGCAGGAGCAAAUACAUCUACAAGAGCAAACUCUUUACAUCGGAGUUGGGGGUGACUGAACACGUUGAGGGAGACCCCUGUAAGUUUGCUCUAUGGGUGGGACGCACCCCGACCUCCGACAACAAGAUUGUACUCAAGCUAAGUCAGGGAUCCAAACAUGGAGCCAUGGCAUCCAGCAUUGAGAACAAGCAAGACUGGAUCAAGCACAUCAGAGAGGUGAUCCAAGAGCGUACCAUUCACCUAAGAGGAGCACUCAAAGAGCCCAUUCACAUUCCCAAAACAACCACCACCAAGCACCACAAGGGACGAAGGGAUGGAGAGGACUUGGACAGUCAGGGUGAAGGCAGCAGCCAACCAGACACCAUCUCUCUGGCAUCCCGCACUUCUCAGAACACACUGGACAGCGACAAGCUCUCCGGUGGCUGUGAGUUGACUGUGGUCAUACACGACUUUAUGGCCAGCAACAGCAACGAGCUGACGGUGCGGCGGGGUCAGACGGUGGAGGUUCUGGAACGCUGUCACGACAAACCAGACUGGUGCCUGGUCAGGACCACAGACCGCUCUCCUGCCCUGGAGGGCCUCGUGCCCUGCUCUAUGCUCUGCAUCGCCCAUUCCAGGUCCUCUAUGGAGAUGGAGGGCAUCUUCAACCACAAAGACACGCUGUCCGUGUGCAGCAAUGACUCCAUCAUGCCGGGUUCAUCGGCUACACUGCAGCCCGGUCACGGCAUCGGCUCCCACACCUCCCCGGGCCCUAAACGACCAGGUAACACACUACGGAAGUGGCUGACCAGCCCGGUGCGUCGAUUAAGCAGCGGUAAGGCAGACGGCCACGUGAAGAAGCUGGCCCACAAGCACAAGAAAAGCCGUGAUGUGAGGAAGAGCGGCGAGAUGACGAUAGGCUCUCAGAAAGACUCAGACGACAGCGCUGCUACUCCUCAGGAUGAAACUUUGGAGGAGAGGGUUCGUAACGAGGGCCUCUCGAGUGGCACGUUGUCUAAAUCCAGUUCUUCGGGAAUGCAGAGCUGCGGCGAGGAGGAGGGCGAAGAGGGUGCUGACUCAGUACCUCUGCCUCCACCUAUGGCCAUCCAGCAGCAUAGCCUGCUGCAGCCAGACUCACAGGAUGACAAGACCUCCUCUCGUCUGUCGGUCCGGCCGUCCAGUUCAGAGACGCCCAGUGCCGCUGAGCUGGUGAGCGCCAUCGAGGAGCUAGUCAAAAGCAAGAUGGCUCUGGAGGACAGACCCAGCUCUCUGUCUGUAGAACAAGGAGACAGCAGCUCUCCCUCCUUCAACCCCUCUGACAACUCCCUCCUGUCCUCUUCCUCCCCCAUUGAGGAGAUGGACGAACGCAGGGCCAGCAUCCUCAAAAAGAGACAUUUCAUUCUGCUGGAGUUGGUGGAGACGGAGAGAGAUUACGUCAGAGACCUUGGCCUCGUGGUGGAGGGCUACAUGAGCAGAAUGAAGGAAGAGGGUGUUCCUGAUGAUAUGAAGGGAAAGGACAAAAUUGUGUUUGGCAACAUCCAUCAGAUAUAUGACUGGCACAGAGAUUUCUUCCUCAGGGAGUUGGAGAAAUGCUUAGAGGACCCGGACAGACUGGGACCACUCUUUCUCAAACAGGAACGGAGACUCAACAUGUAUGUAGUGUACUGUCAGAACAAGCCCAAAUCAGAGCACAUCGUGUCUGAGUACAUCGACACCUACUUUGAGGACCUGAAGCAGCGGCUGGGACACAGACUGCAGAUCACAGACCUGCUCAUCAAGCCGGUCCAAAGGAUCAUGAAGUACCAGCUGCUGCUCAAGGAUUUCCUAAAACACUCUAAAAAGGCUGGGCUCGAGUCUCUGGAUUUGGAAAAAGCAGUGGAGGUCAUGUGCAUCGUGCCAAAAAGGUGUAACGACAUGAUGAAUGUCGGCCGGCUUCAAGGAUUUGAUGGGAAGAUUGUGGCUCAGGGCCGCCUUUUGCUGCAGGACACGUUCAUGGUGUCGGACCCAGACAGCAGUCUGCUCGGCCGGAUGAAAGAGAGGAGAGUCUUCCUGUUUGAGCAGCUUGUCAUCUUCAGUGAGCCCCUGGACAAAAAGAAAGGGUUCUCUCUGCCAGGCUUCCUCUACAAGAACAGCAUCAAGGUAAGCUGUUUGGGUUUGGAGGAGAACGUCGAAGGUGAUCCCUGUAAGUUCAUUCUCACUUCUCGGUCGCCCAACGGCACAGUGGAGUCCUUCGUGCUUCACUCCUCCCACCCGGGGGUGCGUGAGGUCUGGACCCUUCAGAUCAGCCAAAUACUUGAGAGCCAACGCAACUUCCUCAAUGCUCUGACCUCACCUAUAGAAUAUCAGAGGAACCACGUAGGGGCAAGCAGUGGGCCGUGUGUGCCCAGCAUUGGAGCUCCAGGUGGGGGCAGCAGUGGCUCUAGUGCAGCCCCUGGAGGAGGAGGCGUAAGCUCCCAGAGUGGCUCCAUCCCUUCAGGACCCCAGGGUGGCUCUCGUCGGCCAUCCAGGAUCCCGCAACCUUCCCGUCUGCCCCAACCCCUACGUCACCACCCCGGGGCCGACCCAGAUGGCUCCAGUAAGAUGUCAGGUUUGUCCCCUCGUCCUGUCCCUCCUCCUCUGCUCCCUACGGGGGGCAGCCCACAGGGCAAGCGCCCUAUCCACACCACAGAGGACCAAGCAUAUACCCCCAUCCCACGUGCUACUGUUGGGCCUCUGCCCUCCACACCCACUUCUAAACCACGGCCAGGAGCCGUGUCUCCCAUGGCCUCCCCCAUGGCCACUCCCGCCUUUGGCAAGGAUCCUCUCCCCCCUCCCCCUCCCAGCCCAGGCCAAAACCAAAAGUCUGGAUCUGGAUUCUGGAGCUCCAUGCCGGGCUCUCCAGCCAGCCGGCCUGGCUCAUUCACCUUUCCGGGAGAGGCGGCAGACACUCCGGUCCGUCAAAGUUCAAAUCAGAUCCAAACUGGCUCUGGGAGCCAAACCCACAGACACUCCACGCACAGCAAGGAGGCCGACCGCAUGAGUACGUGCUCAUCGGCCAGCGAGCAGUCCAUCCAGUCCACACAGAGUAACGGGAGUGAAAGUAGCAGCAGCAGUAGCGUAUCCACCAUGUUGGUGACCCAGGACUACACGGCUGUGAAGGAGGAUGAGAUCAGCGUCAUUCAGGGUGAAGUGGUCCAGAUCUUGGCCAGCAACCAGCAAAACAUGUUCCUGGUGUUCAGAGCAGCUACCGAGCAGGGCCCCGCCGCUGAGGGCUGGAUCCCCGGAUUUGUGCUGGGACACACCUCGACCAUUGUCCCCGACUGCCCCGAGGGAUCCAUCAAGAAGUCUUCAUCUUGGCACACGUCCCUGCGGAUUCGGAAGAAGUCUGAGAAAAAGGAGAAGGAGGCAAAGAAAGAGAACAAGCUGGAAAACGGUUACAGGAAGUCCAGAGAUGGCCUGGCCAAUAAAGUUUCUGUAAAGGUGAGUUUCACUUCAAGACUCUAUAGCGAUGCCUCUAGGUGGCGGUCUUUUCCCCAUUUGACUUGUGUUUGUCUUUCUUUCCAGCUUCUAAAUCCAAACUACAUCUAUGAUGUUCCCCCUGAGUUCCUUGUACCUCUGAGUGACGUGACAUGUGACAACGGAGAGAGCGUCACCCUCAGGUGUAAGGUUUGUGGGCGACCCCGGGCUACCGUCAGCUGGAAAGGACCCAACCAGAGCAACCUCACCAACAACGGACACUUCAGCAUCGCCUACAGUGAUACGGGUGAAGCGACUCUGCGGAUAAUCGGCGUAGCCUCUGAGGAUGAUGGCGUUUACACUUGUGUUGCCACCAACGAGCUGGGCAGUGUGACAUCAUCAGCUAGCCUCAGAGUGUUGGCCGUGUCCACUGAUGGGGUCCGAGUGAGCUGGAAGGAUAACUUUGAGUCUCACUACACUGAGGUGGUUGAACUGGGAAGGGGUCGUUUCUCUGUUGUCAAACGUUGUGACCACCGGGGCACCAAACGCACGGUGGCUGUGAAACAUGUCAACAAGAAGCUGAUGAGGAGAGACCAGGUGACCCAGGAACUCAAUCUGCUCCAGAGACUCCAGCACCCACACAUAGUCAGCCUCAUAGACACCUAUGAAACUCCCAGCAGCUAUGCCCUGGUCCUGGAGAUGGCUGACCAAGGCCGUCUGCUGGACUACAUAGUGAGCUGGGGGAAUCUGACAGAGGAGAAAGUGGCUGGCUACUUGCGGAACGUUUUAGAAGCUUUACAUUACUUGCACAACUGCAGAAUAGUACACUUGGACGUAAAACCUGAGAACCUGCUGGUGUCCCACACUGCCAGCGGCCAGCCAAUAGUCAAACUCUCAGACUUUGGUGACGCCGUGCAGCUCAACAGCGCCCACUAUGUUCACCCUCUGUUGGGCAGUCCCGAGUUUGCCUCCCCAGAGCUGGUCCUCGGAGAGCCCGUGUCGCUGACCUCUGACCUGUGGAGUCUGGGUGUGGUCACCUACGUGCUGCUGAGCGGCGCCUCCCCCUUUCUCGAUGAGAGUGCAGAGGAGACCUGCCUGAACAUCUGCAGGCUGGACUUCAGCUUCCCCAGGGAUUAUUUCCAGGGCGUCAGCCAGGGCGCCCGGGACUUUGUCUGCCUGCUUCUGAAGACUGACCCGGGUAGAAGGCCUCCGGCCGGUAUCUGCCUCCAGGAACCGUGGCUGCAGGCUGGCCAAGGUCAUGGCCAGGCAGAAGGCUGCUUGGACACCUCCCGCCUCAUUUCCUUCAUUGACAGGAGAAAACAUCAGACUGAUGCCCGGCCCAUUGGAGGAGUGAGGAGCUUUAUUCAUAGUCGCAUUCAGCCUCGAGUUUGAAAAGCUCUCAGCCUCAGCGCUCCGAUCACCACUGACUGAGGCUGCAGGUUCCUCUGGAAUGAGUCUCUUUACGGUCUAGAUGUUUAAAAAAAAACAAAAAAAAAACAAGGAGAAACAAUGAAUGCUGAUCUCGUCCUCUUUCGCAAACUUUCAACUAAAUUAAAAUCCUUUUAUCUUUUAGGUAGUUCAGUUGAGACCUGCUGAGGUCUUAAGCCAAUCAGAGCCCUAGAGAACUGAGUUCACACCAAUCAUAAAUGAAUGGAUGCCCUUGUCUACUGCUGCUUGCUGGUUUCGUCUCAAACACAGAUUUUUGUAGUUAAGUGAACAAAAACAUUAAAAAAAAAAAAGCCUAUUAUGAAGUAAGUUAUUUUCCUCUGUAAGAGUUGAAGCUGAUCAGAAGAGCCACUUGAUCGAGCCUUGACGCCACUGCACAGGCGCAGGACUUCCAGGAGAAAAAUGAUGCCAACGAAGCUCGUCACAGAGAGCAGACCACCCUCCAGACGGUGUUUUUGCUCUUUUACACUAAAACGGUAACUCGGAUACUUUUGAGAAGCAGCCCUUUCUUAUAGAAACAGUGUAUAGAAAGGCACAGCACUGUCUCUGCGUUUAAAAGGGAGGGGGGGAAAAAACCCUCCCGUCACAUUAGAAAAUGCUCCUCAGUUGAAGGUUCACGUGUUACCUUGAACUCCGGAGACACCCGGAGACGGCGACUGAGCCUAUCAGCUUGAGACAUUUAUACAGAGCUUUUUCGAUGGCUGCGCUUACAUAAUGUACCCUAAUCUAAGAUACCAUGAUGACCACGUCGCGAGUAACAAUGCUGCACUGUCCGAUCCAAGAAGAAACAAUAGACGUUCAUCGUUUCGCUUUUCCUAGAACAAAACUCGUGUUGCGCAGAUAUGACAUGUUUAAGCCUUACCCUGUAUAGAGACUUCUGCCUCCACCCCCCUCACAUUUGCAGAGGACUCGAGACUGUCGGAUGAGGGGGGGGGGCUGAAUGUGGAGGCGGCGGAAGAUUGAUUUUACUGUAAAUGCACUCAUUGUAUGUUAUGUUUUGAUUAUCAUGUGCAAUGUUGCGGCUUUAACAUUUUAUGCAACUAUUUAUGAAGACAUCUGUUGUAUCUGUAAUAAAUCUAGAGAAAAGCAUGUACUUGGUACUGCAAGCACUGCUGGUAGUUUGUGUUUAUUUGAUCGCCGAGUGUUAACGACUGCCGGGCGGGGCCACGUUAGAGGUCACGAUCUACAAUCAUCAUGUUUUGAUCAAAACUAAUUUAACACUUUUUGUACUGUAUGCCUCUGUAGUAUUGGUACACCAAAGUUGCUCUAGCUUUAUAGUACUUUAAUAAAGAAAUGGUUUUAUUGUGAGUACAUUUCACUUGAGUUAGGCAAUCUACGACCACGUUAAAUGGUUGUUUACACGAGUAAAUGUCGGAGGAACACUUUUAGUUUACUCUCGUUAUACCUUUUAUUUAAAAGGCAGGAGAUUAAAGAACUGAAAUUUGCUCUUGGGUGGAGUUGAAUGCAAGAUUUUACUUACUAAAAGGUGUUCUCACUUUAUGUACAGAUACAUUGCCAAAAUAUUUCUUCCAUUAAAAAAAAAAACAAACAAAAAAAGGAUCUUUAAAUGGUAACUAACCAGUAAUUAGCACACAUUAAUCCUGUAUGGGGUUUUGAUUAAAUCAGCCCUCUGUUAACCUUUUUUUAUUUAUUUCAAAAGGUGGCACAGGCCAAUUAAAAACAAGGAAACUGGACUGGAUACCUCAGACUAGGUUUGUUUUUCAUUUUUUUCUUCAUUGUUUUUGUUGCGUUUGUCUUUGUUCUCCAUUUUGUUUCAUAAUUUGCUUGUUUGCUACAUUUUUGUUUUGUUUUUUUUUUAUUUUUGCAUGUAUAUUUCUUUGUACAAAUCAUACAUAUUCUCUUGUAAAUAUUGUCAUUUUGCCAUCACUUAUUUGAAAAUUAAACGUAAUGAACACACGGA